ACAUCAAGAUUCUCUGCUACGUUUUAGUUUUUUUUUAGACGCAAUGGGAGUCGAUGAUAUUCAUAGCACCGGUCUUUGCCUUGGUCUAGGUAUAGGCUGCCUUGUUAAGCAAGAAGUUUUUUCGCGGUCGAAUCAUCAACAACAAAAGAAGAAGAAAUCUUUCGUCAAACAUGAUGAGUUUUCCCCAUUUCUUUCGUUAGGUCCAUCACAUGACAUGCAUGGAUCUUUUGUGAAGUUUGAUUCCAGUAAAGCACGUGGUGAGUCGGUUGAUUUGCAACAACGUCAAGCCUCUUCUCUCAGUCUCAGCACAGUUUCUUCGUUUUCUAACUCGAGUGUUAAGAGGGAGAGAGAUUUUGGCGGUGAAGAGGUGGAGUUGGAGAGAGUUUCUUCGAGGGCCAGUGAUGAAGACGAAGAAGGCGGUCCCAGGAAGAAACUUAGGCUUAGCAGAGAACAAUAUGCCAUUUUAGAAGAUAGCUUCAAAGGACACAGCACUGUAGACCCUAAACAAAAGCAAGCUUUAGCAGAACUGCUGAAUCUAAGGCCCCGGCAAGUGGAAGUAUGGUUCCAGAAUAGGAGAGCCAGGACAAAGCUGAAACGGAUUGAAGUAGAUUGUGAGUUACUGAAGAAACGUUGCGAAACACUAACAGAAGAAAACAAGAGGCUUCACAAGGAACUGCAAGAGCUCAAAUCAUUGAAACUAACGGCAUCAUAUUACAUGCAACUUCCAGCAGCCACCCUCAGCAUGUUCCCAUGUUGUGAAAAGGUUGACAAUGGAGGUGAAGGCCCUUCGGCUUCGGCAUCCAACACUUUUACAAUUGGGCCGAAAUCUCACCUCUUCAGUCCCUUCACCCACCCCAUCUGCAGCCUGCUAGAUAACUUGUUCAGGGCCAUUGAACAUUGCUACUUCUCUUCAAGGGUAUAUAAGUGUCAAAUAUAUGCGUGUAUGUAUGUGUGCAGUAAUUAUUAAGACCUUGCUAGACUUUAUGUCUAUACAUUUCUUUCAUUACUUAAAUAUUUUGUACAUAACAAAAACUGACAAGGUUUUUUAUUAGUACUAUCCAUGCUGAUUUUGAUUCAUUUAGUGGAGUAAUUUUCUAUAGCUUUCGGU